CCCUGCGGGCGGCCGGGAGGGGCGGGGGCAGCGGCCGCCGCCGUUUGAUGGAUCCGAGGAUCGCCUGGUUUCAGCCAGAGCAGCUCGGACCGUCUAACAGUCUGUGGAUGCAGAUCUGGGAGACGACCCAGGGGCUGAGGAACCUCUACUUUAACCACCACUGUCACAGCAGCGGCGCGAGCGGCGGGAGCGGCAGCGGCCCCGGCAGCCCCGGCGGCACGGCCCCGGCUCCUGCCGGCAUGUUCCGCUCGGGGGAGCGCCCACUGGGCGGCCUCGCCGUGCCUGCGGAGCAGCGGGACUUCCUGCCCCUGGAGACGACCAACAACAACAACAACCACCAGCCGGCGGCCUGGGCACGGCGGGCAGCGGCGGGCCCCUCGGCGUCGCCGGUCCCAUCGGCGCCCUCGUCCCCGCGUCCUGCAGCCUCACUCCCUGCCUCCGAGUCCGCCGACCCGGCCUCGGGCAGCAGCAACAAGAGGAAGCGUGACAACAAGGCCAGCACCUACGGACUCAACUACAGCCUGCUGCAGCCCAGCGGAGGGCGCGCGGCCGGGGGCGGCCGGGUGGACGGCGGCGGGGGCGUGUACAGCGGGACCCCUUGGAAGCGGAGGAACUACAACCAGGGAGUCGUGGGUCUGCAUGAAGAAAUCAGUGAUUUUUAUGAGUACAUGUCUCCCAGACCCGAGGAGGAGAAGAUGCGGAUGGAAGUGGUGAGCAGGAUCGAGAGUGUGAUUAAGGAGCUCUGGCCCAGUGCUGACGUCCAGAUAUUUGGAAGUUUUAAAACUGGCCUGUAUUUACCCACUAGUGACAUCGACCUUGUGGUGUUUGGGAAGUGGGAGAACCUGCCUCUCUGGACCCUGGAAGAAGCCCUUCGGAAACACAAGGUCGCUGAUGAGGACUCCGUGAAGGUCCUAGACAAGGCGACAGUUCCUAUUAUUAAAUUAACAGAUUCUUUUACUGAAGUGAAAGUUGAUAUCAGCUUUAAUGUCCAGAAUGGUGUGAGAGCAGCGGACCUCAUUAAAGAUUUUACUAAGAAAUAUCCUGUAUUGCCAUACUUGGUUUUAGUAUUGAAACAAUUCUUAUUACAGAGGGACCUUAAUGAAGUAUUUACAGGUGGAAUUGGUUCUUAUAGUCUCUUUUUAAUGGCAGUCAGUUUCCUUCAGUUACAUCCCAGGGAAGAUGCUUGCAUCCCCAAUACAAACUAUGGUGUUCUCUUAAUAGAGUUUUUUGAAUUAUAUGGACGGCACUUCAAUUACUUAAAGACUGGCAUCCGGAUAAAGGAUGGUGGUUCUUAUGUGGCCAAAGAUGAAGUACAGAAAAAUAUGCUUGAUGGCUACCGGCCAUCAAUGCUAUAUAUUGAAGAUCCUUUACAACCAGGUAAUGAUGUUGGAAGGAGUUCCUAUGGGGCCAUGCAGGUGAAACAGGCCUUUGAUUAUGCCUAUGUGGUGUUGAGUCAUGCUGUGUCGCCCAUUGCAAAGUACUAUCCCAACAAUGAAACAGAGAGCAUAUUAGGCAGAAUAAUUAGAGUGACGGAUGAAGUCGCCACGUAUAGAGAUUGGAUAUCAAAACAGUGGGGCUUGCAGAAUAGACCUGAGCCAGCAUGCAAUGGAAAUGGUGUUACCUUGAUAGUAGAUACUCAGCAGUUAGAUAAGUGUAAUAAUAAUCUGUCUGAAGAAAAUGAAGCCCUUGGAAAAUGUAGAAGUAAAGCCUCGGGAUCUCUUAGUAAACACUCUUCAAACUCUUCAUCAGGUCCAGGGUCCUCCUCCUCCGCCACGCAGUCCAGCUCUAGUGACGUGGAUUCUGAUGCAACACCAUGCAAAACCCCCAAACAACUGCUCUGCCGUCCACCCACUGGCAACCGAGUGGGCUCACAGGAUGUCUCUUUGGAGACCUCACAGGCAGUUGGGAAAAUGCAGAGCAGCCAAGCCACUAACACAGCCAAUAGCAACAACAAAUCACAGCAUGGAUCGGCAAGGCUCUUCCGUUCUUCCAGCAAAGGCUUCCAAGGUACAGCUCAAACAAGCCAUGGUUCCUUGAUGACAAGCAAACAGCAUCAAGGCAAAUCCAAUACUCAGUAUUACCAUGGCAAAAAGAGGAAACACAAGAGGGACGCGCCCCUCUCAGACCUUUGUAGAUAGUCGGCGCUGUGCGACGGACUGUCUUCUGUGUGCAAUGAUCUCAUGCUCAGGACAGUUGCACAGGGACUCCUGGGACGGCAGGAGCCUCACACUGUUCAGACAUUGAUUUAGCAACUGCGUUUUUUCCCAGCUCGCCACGGAAUGGAUCAUGAAGACUGACAACUGCAAAAACAGAAAGCAAGCAAAAAAGGGGGAAAAUGGCUGCUUAUUUGAUAAGUCAUGUGCUACAACAGGGUCACUUUAAGAUUUAAAGCUUGAAUGUAAAAUAAUUAUAUUUCUUAUUGGCUUUAUGCAGAGCUAUAGGGGAUAGUGCUCAGUGUGGGUAGCUGAUAGAGACAGAGAGCAGUUUCAAGGAGAUGGGUGGGAAGGCCAGCAAGAGCAUCUCAUAGGAAGUCAGAUUCCAAGAGGGAAAAUGAUUUGUGCAUGGUUUUUUUUAAAACUAAUUUUGCAUAUAUUUGCCAUUUUAUUGUGUGUAUAUAUAGAAGACCAUAUAGGAAAUUGAUAUUUGUAAUAGUGGAUUUGUUAAUACUUUUUACAUAACAUUACUGUUUGAAUUGUAAACAGAUUUUUUUCUCAGGAUUAGUUUGAAGAAUAAUCUGAGUUGUCAUCCUAACACUCACGCAGGGAAGUGAUUAGCUCUGUUGCUCUAUUUGUUUUCCUCGGCAUUGAAAUGACUUCAUAGAACCCUUGUGACCUGCUGCGAAAUUCUUUCCUCUCUAAAGAAAAGGUUUUAUGGUAGCAAAUGAUGUUUUUAUUUUGUAAAAAAGAAAAAGAUGUGCUAUGUAGUUUGUGUAUACACUGACCAACCUCUAGUCACCUCUGAGAAUGAACUCAGCUGCCCUCAGCACUGCUGUCCUCUGGGCUCUGGGCAGCAGCAGGACUGUGUGUGUUUCCUUCGCAGUCUCUUCUCCCCUCCUCCCUUCUUCCUCAUAGGAAACAAAAGGCCACCCUGGGCCUGGGCUCUUCCUGUCACAGUGCGACCUCUAGCUCCACAGACCUCGCAUGCUGGCUCCUCUGACCUGUGUGCUAUGUGCUUGUGGUGUUGUCUCUCAUUCUUUUUAAGUUCAUGCUUACUACUGUGGGAGAGAGUAACUGUAAACAGCUUUAAUUAAAUCAUACUUAUAAAAAACUAUUUUCUUAUACUCCACUUUAUGCUUUUGGUAUUGUCGAUCUUUAAAAAUUAAAUGGUCUUUGAUAAUGGAUCGAUUUUGUAUUGCCUUAUUAAGACCAAAUACUUCUUGUCAUCCCAUUCUUUAUCCUCUCCUUUAAUGGAAUUGCUGUCUUUAAUUAAAACUUUGUAAACACUGGUUUGUUUUACUCAUCCUGUAACUUUUGGCUGUGGUCAGCUAUGAGUGCAAACGUGUAAUCCUGUUACUCAUCACCUGCUGAGUCCGAGACUCAGGUGGGAUAUUUAACAUGAUGGAUUGUACUCGCUCGUCGU